GUGCUGCCGGGCCCGUCACGUGACGCGCGGCGGCGCCAUGGCGCUGCGGGAGCAGGGCCCGGGUAGCGGCGGCGCCGGGGAUGGCGGCGGCGGAGCCGGUGCCGGGGGCGGACAGGACGCGGAGCCGUGCCUGGCGCUGCUGCCCUGGGACCGCUUCUCGGCCUGGCUACACUGCGUGUGCGUCGUGGGCUUCGACCUGGAGCUGGGCCAGGCGGUGGAGGUAAUAUAUCCUCCACAUUCAAAACUCACAGAUAAAGAGAAAACCAGUAUUUGCUAUUUGUCAUUUCCAGAUUCCAACUCAGGUUGUCUUGGGGACACACAGUUUUGUUUUAGAUUUCGACGGUCUCCUGGAAGGAAAGUUUCAUUGUGUUGUUUUCUGGACCAAUUGGAUAGAGAUCUACCAGUUUACUUAAAGAAAGAUCCAGCAUAUUACUAUGGCUAUGUAUAUUUCAGACAAGUUCGAGACAAAUCAUUAAAAAGAGGCUAUUUCCAGAAGUCACUGGUCCUCAUCAGCAAGCUGCCAUAUGUCCAUCUCUUUCGCACUGUGCUUAAGCAAAUAGCACCAGAAUAUUUCGAAAAAAGUGAAGCUUUCCUGGAAGCAGUCUGUAGUGAUGUUGAUCGCUGGCCACCACCAAUUCCAGGGGAGAUACUACAUUUGCCUAUCAUGGGUAUUAUAAUGAAGCUGCGGAUUCCGACAUACCGUGACAAGCCUGGAACAACCCAAAUAGUACAGAACAUGCACCAGGCAAAUGCUCAGAUCUCUAUGGCCUUACCAACUGUUCAUGAAGUAGACCUUUUCAGGUGUUUCUGUCCAGUGUUCUUUCACAUCCAGAUGCUUUGGGAACUAGUACUGCUAGGAGAACCACUUGUUGUGAUGGCACCGUCACCAUCAGAAUCUUCAGAAACCGUGUUGGCACUUGUUAGUUGUAUUUCACCAUUAAAGUACUGCAGUGAUUUCAGGCCAUACUUUACCAUACAUGACAGUGAAUUCAAAGAAUAUACAACUCGCACACAAGCCCCACCAUCUGUCAUUCUAGGGGUGACGAAUCCUUUUUUUGCUAAAACACUCCAGCACUGGCCCCACAUUAUUCGGAUUGGAGAUAUUAAACUUCCAGGUGAUGUUCCAAAGCAGGUGAAAGUGAAAAAACUGAAGAACCUAAAAACUUUGGACUCCAAACCUGGUGUUUAUACCUCUUAUAAGCCAUACUUGAACAAAGAUGAAGAAAUUGUUAAACAGUUACAAAAGGGUGUGCAACAGAAACGUCCUACAGAAGCACAGAGUGUGAUUCUUCGGAGAUACUUUUUGGAAUUGACAGAAAGUUUCAUUAUUCCACUAGAACGUUAUGUGGCAAGCCUAAUGCCUUUGCAAAAAUGUAUAUCACCAUGGAAGAGUCCACCACAACUGAGGCAUUUUAGCCAAGAUGAAUUCAUGAAGACGCUAGAAAAAGCAGGACCACAGCUCACUUCUGGUUUAAAAGGAGAUUGGAUAGGACUUUACAGGCAUUUUUUGAAAUCACCAAAUUUUGAUGGCUGGUUUAGGAGCCGGCAGAAAGAAAUGACACAGAAGUUGGAGGCCCUUCAUUUAGAGGCACUCUGUAAUGAGAAUUUGGUUUUCUGGAGUCAGAAGCAUACUGAAGUAGAAACGGUGGAUCUUGUCUUAAAGUUAAAGAACAAACUGUUGCAGGCUGACAGAGAGCAUCUUCCUGUGAAAACUGACACACUGAAAAAGCUGCAGGCACACAUCCAUGACAUUAUACUAGCACUUCCAGAUGACUUGCAGGACAUCUUGCUCAAAACUGGCACAACGUGAUUUCUACUGGCCUUUUGUGUGUGUGUGUUUGUAUGUGUGCAGAAAAUGGAAGGUGAAUGUAGUGUCGUGGAAGACAGUGGCUUACAAAGUUCAGGACACAUAUCUAAAUAGUAGGUUAACACUACAAAUGGACUACACUACUAGUAUAGUCCACUGUAAUAUUUUCACUGUUUUUUCCCCACUUAAGUACCAAUGCAACUAAAGGAAUUCUUGUGUCUAAUAAUGUUUCAAAUAAGUGCUCUUAAAGAAGAAUCUGUGGGCAUCUGAAAUUAUACCACAGUAUAGGACCACAGUGCAGUGCUGGCAUUGCAGAAUGUUUUCUAAUUGGUGCUGCUAUACCCAGUCCUGUUAACUCAGGGGUAAGCAAUAUUGAUCCUGUACUGUCCUGUUGGUGUAGUAUCUGACGUUUGUUUGUUUGUUUUUUAAAAAAAACUUGGAUAACGUGACUUGGUCAGUAUGCAUCAUAUUUGAGGUAUUUUACUGGUAAACCAUCAACAGUUUACAAAACUGUUUCAGGGACAGCUGAAAUCAUCAGACUGGUUCUUAACUUCCUUCCUUUCACCUUCUUAACCUCUUUCCAAAGACCAUAUUGAUUUAGAGAAUCAUUAGAGAACAGAAGGCAGCUGACAGAAAUUUCCUGAAGAGAAGCCUUUUCUAUUCAAUAUCAGUUAAUUAGGGUGCUCUUAUUCACAUGCCUUAAAUAAAUAUAUACUAAUUUGUGGCUUUAAACUGCUGACAUUCAGGAUUUAAAGUGGAUCACCAGUGUAAAUGUAUUCAUCACAGUAACAGUAUUCAUCGCAGGAAGUAAGCAGUAGUGUUCUAAAACAGAAUUUAAAAUCAAUGACUUCAGUAGAGUUAGCUGAUACACAAUCUCUUUCGGUUGGAGAUCACAGCUUCUGUUUGAAAUUUUUAUAAAUAUAUUUUUUUAAUUAUUUUUGGUUUUGUUUUUACUUACACCAGUAGGGUCUUUGACGAGCUAACAGGGUGGGAGGAGAUGAUGUUGGCUUCAGCUGACAAAAGCCUACGGAGAGGUCAAACUGUGGCAAGAAAAGAUUGUAGCAGGAAAUUGUUCUUGGUAUAUGCAUAUAGCAGACGUGCAUAAAGAAUAAUUUCCUCUUGCAUACUAAGCAACAAGAACAUGAUGUUUUUCUUGAACAAGGUUCCGUGGUAUAUUAAAACUCAGCUGCUCCACAUGCAGUGUUGUACUUUGACCAAUUUCAAGUAGAAUAAACUUAAUGCUAUAGUGUACACACAGCAUAAACUUUUACAUAACAAGUGGAUCACAGUUAUCAAAAAAAUCUGCUUUUAAGUGCUUGGAUAGAAUUUUUUAAAACAUAUGACAUUGUAAUCCUGCUAUAAGAAAAUGCUUUUGUAUGAUAUUUCAUAUCAUCUUUCUAAAAAUGUCUUAUUUAGAUAAAGUGUCACAAUUGUAUUUUUAUGAAAAUGUGUAUUUUAAUACUGUUAUGGUUUGUAUACAAUUAUUCAUGACCAAAAGUUUAAUGUAUCUAUUAUGUUACUUAAACUACUUCACUUUAGCAUUACUUUCUAACUUGGAAUUUCUUUUGCACACCAUGAUGAAUAUAAUUUCUAAUCUAGAAAUUAGUAAGUGGCCAUUCUUAUACUAAAUUUAACUUGGAGCACUGUGUAGCUUCUCGGAACCAUAUAAGCUGGUAACAACUGAUAAAUAUUAUUACGUGACUGCAAAUAUGUAUUUUUGUAAAAGAAAAUAAACUUUUUUUUUUUUUG